AUGACUUGGUUCUCGAAUUCUAAACCUGGACUAGAGUCCAAGGGCCCUAGCAACGACGACCAAGCAGUCCUAGCACUCCGCAACUUUCUGUUCGACAUUUGCAACCAGAAUGGAGGUGGCCAUGGCGGGUCAGCUAUUGGCAUGGCUGCUAUUGGCGUUGCGCUGUACAAGUACAUGAUGCGAUAUAAUCCAUCCAACCCGGAAUGGUUUGACAGAGAUCGGUUUGUCUUGUCGAAUGGUCACGCCGCAAUGUUUCUAUACGCACUCAACCACCUGACCGGCUUCGAUGACUGGACAAUGGACGAGAUCAAAGGAUACGCAAGUGCCAAAACAAACGGCUACAAGACCAUCUGCCACGGUCAUCCAGAGAUUGAAGUUCCGGGUGUUGAAGUAACGACUGGUCCGCUAGGACAGGGUAUCGCCAACGCAGUUGGACUGGCCAUCGCAUCGAAGAACCUAGGAGCUCGAUUCAACAAGCCUGGUUUUGAUCUGGUGCAGGGGCGUGUUUAUUGCAUGACUGGCGAUGGGUGUCUGAUGGAGGGCGUGGCACUUGAGGCUAUUUCUCUCGCUGGAGGAUUGGGAUUGGAUAAUUUGGUGUUGUUAUAUGAUAACAACCAGGUUACCUGCGAUGGGCCAUUGGAGUGGAUUAACACAGAGUCGGUCAAUGACAAGAUGAGGUCAUGUGGGUGGAAUGUUUUAGAUGUCGAGGAUGGAUGCUACGAUGUGCAGUCCAUCUUGACAGCAUUGCAGUAUGCAAACACCCUCAAAGGCAAACCGACAAUGAUCAACAUCAGAACAGUCAUUGGACUGGGAACUCAGGCUGCUGGCACAUUCAAAGCGCAUCACGGCCCCAUUGAUAAAGCCAGUGUUGAGCAGUCCAAACUAGCUGCUGGACUGGAUCCAUCCAUCACCCACCAUAUCCCUCCAGCUCAACUAUCCUACUUCCGGGAGCGAAAGGCACAUGGAGAGGCACUGCAACAAGAAUGGGAUGCGCUUGUUGAUGCAUAUGAAUCUGCACAUCCUGAUCUUGGGCGAGAAUUUGCUCAACGUCGCAAUGGCCACUACGGAACAGAGUGGAAGGACAUUCUGCGGACCAUCGACACAGCCCAAUUCAAAGACUGCGCGACUCGCGAUGUAAAUGGAGCCGUGAUUGAAAAGAUGUGGCGGGCUUAUCCUGCACUCUGCGGUGGUGGUGCAGACCUGGUCAACUCCAACAAAGUCCCAUACGGCGAAUCUGAUGUCUUCCAUCCAUCUGUUGGCCAUGGACGGUAUAUCCGCUAUGGGAUUCGUGAACACGCCAUGGCGGCUAUAUCCAACGGUCUUGCUGCUUAUAACCCGGGCACAUUUCUGCCGAUGACAGCUACGUUUCUUCUUUUCUAUAUCUACGCUGCCCCUGGUGUCCGAAUGGGAGCUCUCAGUCACCUUCCUGUCAUCCACUGCGCAACUCAUGACUCGUUCGCUGAAGGUCAGAAUGGACCAACACAUCAGCCAGUUGAAGUGGACUCUCUCUACCGCGCUAUGCCGAAUCUGACUUACAUUCGACCUUGCGAUGCAGAAGAAGUAAUCGGAGCAUGGAUGCUGGCCAUGUCGAAACAGGAUGGCCCUACAAUGAUCUCCCUCGGUCGCGAUCCUGUGGGCCACGUACCCUCAACCGAUCGCUUCAAGGUAGCAAACGGUGCCUACGUGGUAAAGGAAGCAGACAAUGCCCAACUCACUCUCGUCAGUUGUGGAACAAACCUCCACUACGCGGUUGCUGCAGCUGAGUCUCUGUCGAACGGGGGGAUUAUCACCCGUGUGGUGAGCAUGCCCAGUUUUGACCAUUUCGAUUGUCAGCCGAGAGAAUAUCAGGACAGUGUCUUCCCCAAGGAUGGCACGGCCAUUGUGAGUGUGGAGGAGUACGUCGCCACUACAUGGGCCAAAUAUACAACUGCCAGUAUUGGGAUGACUGGGUAUGGAUAUUCUGCGUCGAACCCAAGCAACUAUGAUAGAUUCCAGCUUGAUGCAAAGGGCAUUGAAGGGAGAGUGCGCAAGUAUUUGGGCGAUUUGGAUGGUGGUAAUGCGAGAAUGGCCGGGUGGCGGCAGAUUUGA